AUGGUUUUUACUGAACAAUGCGCCACAACACCCUUUUUGGCUUAUACGCUUCAAAAUCUUGGAAUCAGGGCCAUCCCUCUUCAUGGUGAUAUGAGCCAGCAAAAAAGACUUGGAGCCUUAAACAUGUUCAAAUCUCAACAGUAUGAUGUACUUGUCAGCACUGAUGUGGCAAGUAGAGGAUUGGAUAUUCCGUCAGUGGAGAUGGUUAUUAAUUAUGAUAUUCCCAAGAACACUAAGAAUUAUGAUAGGGUAACAGUAGGAAGAACUGCUCGAGCUGGAGAAUCCGGGGUUGCAAUCACUUUCUUGAGUAGUAUACUUGACUUACCAGGGUAUUUCCAGAUAGAAUGGCUUAUUGGCAAUAAGUCACCUUUAUAUCCUGAUCCAGCCAAAGAAGCUUUACCAUUUUUGGAAAGUGUCAGAGAGGCUAAAAGAUUGGCCACCUCGAAAAUGAAAGAAAGUGGAGGCAACUCAGGCAAGAAGAGAAAGUGGGGAGAAAACAAUGACGAGGAUGAUAACUAA